CUUCUAUGAAUUUCACCCUUUGUUCCCUCUUUUUAAAAGUGCAAAUAAAUUAGUAGCUUCUACUGUAAAGAUAUCUUCGCUUUGCCCCAUAAUGACUACCAGUCGCACCUUUUGACCGGACUUUGUCCGCAGCGGCUACUUUUCCGCGGGAGAAGUCAUCGAUUGCCUCUGAUUAGAUUCCCCCAGCUGCUCCGACUUAAUACAUAGCCAUAGCCAGUCCCCGAUAUCUGGCGAAUAUCUCUCGGGUGGUUGCCGCGCGUGUGAGUUGUCCCAGUCCGUUGCCAGCCGGUGUGGGGUGCAGGUGUGCUUUGCCUUUACCGCUUUUCACGCUCUCUUUCAACACAGCCGCGUGUGUGAACCCGUAAAGAAACCCCCCAAUUCUUGAAUCAAAAUGGUGUCACUGGAGAAGCUGAAACAAUUGAGACUGAUCCACCUAUGCAUCGCGCUCACCUUCUUCACCAGUGGGCUGUGCAUCAACUUCAUCCAGCUGUUGAUGCACUUAAUUAUAAAGCCCAUUGAUAAGCGACUCUUCCGGAAGCUGAUGUACUACUUGUGCUACUCGCUCUACUCCCAAAUUGUCUUUGUGGCCGAUUGGUAUGCGGGCAGCAAGAUGACCGUCUAUAUGGAUAAGGAUGACUACGAAAAGCAUGCUGGCAAUGAGCAUGUCCUGUUAAUUAUGAAUCACAAGUACGAGAUCGAUUGGCUUAACGGCUGGAUGAUCUGCGACAAGCUUGGAGUCCUUGGCAACUGUAAGGCCUAUGCCAAGAAACCUAUUCGUUACGUGCCCAUCAUCGGCUGGUGCUGGUGGCUGGCCGAGUUUGUCUUCCUCAACCGCAACUUUGACAAGGACAAGACCAUCAUCACGGAGCAACUGAAGGUGGUCUUUUCCUACCCCGAUCCCACCUGGCUGCUUUUGAAUCCGGAAGGUACUCGCUUCACUCCUGGCAAGCACGAGGCAUCCGUUAAGUUUGCCCAGGAGCGGGGUAUGACAGUGCUGAAGCAUCAUUUGAUUCCGCGCACCAAGGGCUUCACCGCCAGCUUGGCGCCCAUCCGUGGUCUGUGUCCCGUCAUCUACGACAUUAAUCUAGCGUAUAGGCCUACGGACAAGACCCCAUCAACCAUGCUGAGCCUGCUGCACGGCAAGCCAGUGGAACCGCACAUGCUGAUGCGUCGCAUUCCCCUCGAGCAGGUGCCCGAAGAUGAGACGGAGGCCGCCACCUGGCUGCAGAAUCUGUUUGUGGAAAAGGACAAACUCAUCGAUAGCUUCCUGGAGACGGGCAGCUUCUUCAAAACGUCUGGCGUAAAGGAGGUGGCCGCAUACCAAAACAAGCCUCGGCUAUGUUCGUUGGUCAAUUUCGCCUGCUGGGCGGCAUUCUCGCUCUUCUGCAUUUUCUAUUACCUGGUCACUUCUCUGCUGGCGGCCAAUUGGACGGCCUUUAUUACGUCCCUCUCCAUUCUGGGACUUUUCUACUGGAUGAUGGGCCAGGCCAUCAACAAGACCCAGAUUAGCAAGGGCUCGAGCUAUGGCGCCGGAGCUGGCAACCCGAAGUCGAGCACAAAAUAACUUUAAAUUUUCGGCAUUUAGUUUUGAUUGUUGACGAACUCUCAAUUAUCUACAAGUGACUUUGUAUAAAGGCAGCCAGCCAGUCCCUCUCACAAAUCUCUCUGCUAUAAAAAGGAUCAAUUCGCGACUCCUGGACGAGGCUGGACUGGAUCUAAAGUGUUUUUGAACAGAAAUUAGUGCAUGUUUUGUCUAAGUUUAUGGUUACGAAGUAACUCCCGCACACUGGAGCCAUCAAUUUGCGUACAUAUGUAGUUGGUAGUUGUACACCUAAGUGGAAGUUUAAUUGUUUGAUCGAUAUUGUAUUUUGGCGAGCAUUGCAAUAAUUAAAUUAAACAAAUAGUAUGUGACGAUAAA